GCUCUGGCUCUGGCUCUGGCUGUGCCCUCUCUCAAUUCGUCCACCCGCGCCAUUUCAAUUGCUACGACGAAUACGCAGACCUCGCCGUACCAGCUACACGCCUACGCCCAUAAUAUCUACGCCUCCUUUUCCACUGUUUGUGGCCAUCUCGGUUGCCCACCAGGCCUGCCCAUGGUCCUGUGGCAACGCUCACGAUGAAACCACAACGCGAGCUUUUACCUGCGGGCCCAACAGCAGCCAGCAGUGCCUCGUCGGAACGGGAGACAACCCCGCAAUCUGCCACUGGUACCACGUCUUCUGCACCAAGACGACGUCCCCAGACAAAAAUUGCCUGCACCUCAUGUCGCCGCAGGAAAUCAAAAUGCGAUGGUCAACGUCCUGUGUGUUCCUUGUGCGCGGGCAUGGGUCGCACCCGCUGCGAGUACGAUGCUGGUCCCGACGUCACACGCUUCGCUGCCCUGAAAACAAAACACGAGGAGCUUCAACGCCGCCUUUCUCUCUUUGAAGAGCUCUUCCGCCUCCUAUCCAAGCGCUCCGAGCCGGAAUCCGUCGAAAUUAUCAGGCGGAUGCGGACUCUGAAUAUAGAAACCGAUCUGGACGACCUGGUCAAGUUCAUUAAAAACGCCGACCUGCUCAUCCAGCUGGCUUCUGCACAAGCUGAACCCCCUGCAUCGGGGGCACCAGGUUCUGGCACGAACCACCAAGACCCUCCUGCAGAAGAUCUUUCCUCCCUACUCGAGUUAUUAAAAACGGCGGUUUCCAAACUCGACGCAACGGCUCGCUUGGCCUUUCUUGAUACGAUAAGACUUCAGAUCGAAGCCUUCAUCUCUAUCGAGCGUAGUCAGUCUGGCCCCGCUGAGUCGAUCAAGAUGGAUGGGCUGGUGGACGGGGAGAUGGAUGGUGCUGUGGAUGGAGAACUACAGGACGGCGUCGAUGGCGUACACCACCAUGAGUCAGAGGUUCCUCUCAAGCGACUACUAAACGAUGAUACGACGAAACCGAGAUGAUGCACGAUGCAUAUUAUGGAAGGCCGACAUGUCUUUGCAUGGCAGGUAUGACGGACGAUGCUUACGAAUGGGCGAAGCAGUUGGGCUCGCAUGACGAAGGCGUUUUCAAAAACUGAUCAGCAACGCUCGAGACGGCAAUAUCUACAUAUUGGCCG